AUGCCCGUCGUCCGUCUCAUUGUCAAGACGGCCAAUGAAAAUGGCGCAAACGCAGCAGCUGACUCCCAAUUGGCUCCCACGACAGCUGUUUUCCCGGCACAAUUGCCUGUCAAGCCAUGUGGUCCUCGAUAUGAUCUCAUUUCCGCUGCACUGGCUGCCUUGCGGGCAACCUCCUGCUUCAAAUCCCAGCUACGAAUGAAACCUUACGUUGGACAACAAAGAAUCGGCUUAAGUAUGCAUGCUUGUUUGAGAUAA